AUGUCUAACAAUUCCGAAGUCUUAGUCUUGAGAGGUACCUUAGAAGGCCACAACGGUUGGGUCACUUCCCUUUCCACCUGUGCUGCAAACCCAGACUUAUUAUUGUCUGGUUCCAGAGAUAAGACCUUAAUUGUCUGGCAAUUAACCAGAGAUGAAAACCAAUAUGGUAUUGCAAAGAAGGCUUUGAGAGGUCACUCCCACAUUGUCCAAGAUUGUCAAUUGACUCCAGAUGGUCAGUACGCACUUUCUGGUUCUUGGGACAGAACCUUGAGAUUAUGGUCUGUUGCUACUGGUCAAACUGUUACCAGAUUCGACGGUCAUCAAGGUGACGUUAUGUCUGUUUCUAUUUCUAGAACUGUCAGACAAUUUGUUUCUGCUUCCAGAGACAAGACUAUCAAGGUCUGGAAUGCUUUAGGUCACUGUAUCUCCACCUUGAACUCUCACCAAGACUGGGUUUCCUCUGUUGAAUGUUCUCCAUCCAAGAACACCAUCAUUUACUCUGCUGGUUGGGAUAAGGCUGUCAAGACUUGGGACAUGAGCGACUCCUCAUUGUUAUGUGAUUUCGUUGGUCACAACGGUUACGUUUCCAACUUGACCAUCUCCCCAGACGGUUCCCUUUGUGCUUCCGGUGGUAAGGACGGUAACAUCAUCUUAUGGGACUUAGGUUCUAACGAUGUUUUGUACACCUUAAACGCUGGUGAUGAAAUUAACGCUUUAGCUUUCUCUCCAAACAGAUUCUGGUUAGCAGCUGCAACUUCCACUUCCAUCAAGAUCUUCCACUUACAAGAAAGAAACUUAGCUGAUGAAUUAAAGCCAGAAGUUGCUGAAGGUAAGACUCCAGAAUGUAUUUCCUUAGCAUGGUCCUCCGAUGGUCAAAACUUAUUCUCUGGUUACUCUGAUAACUUAAUCAGAGUCUGGCAAGUCAUGACCACUUCCGCUUAA